UCUUCAUAAAGCUAUUGGCUUGAUAGCCCAAUCAACAAACUGUGCUACAUUUAAUUCUCAUUCUCCCUACCCUCCUUUACUCCACAAAAAUACAAAACAGGCUCAAAACCCAAUAACUUUUUCAUAUAGUGGUGAUCUUUGGCUACUGAAUUUUUCCAAAAAGCACCAAAAAAACAUCUUUUCAAUUUUCCUGCACUUUUUUUGCCGCCUCCAUCACUGGAAAAAUGCUCUUCAACUUCCUCUACUCUCAUCUUCAUCACUUUGUCAUACCUGAAAAUUGCUUCAGAAACCAACUAUGAAAAAGGAGACAUUUUUAAUUUACAAGAAAAGACCAUGGAUGGUGUCAUUAAGAGGAGGUCUUUAUGUGCAAUUGUUUCUUGUUUUCUGCUUUUUCUCUUAGCUUACAACAGUUCCACUGUGUUCUAUGUUCAAGUCCCGGUUCCGGGAAACUCUUCGCCGGAGAUUUCAAGUUUUUUAACUGAAAAUGUCGCCAGAAAAUCAAGAAAGUUGGUUUCUUUAUCUACUUCAGCUAAACUUUCAUCCUCUGUGAUAUAUGCAGUAAAAGAAGAAACCCCACUUGUAAAACCAAACACCCAGUUGAUAAUUUCCCGGAAAAAUCCAAACUUGGUGGGUUUUACAUAUGAUUCAGUGGCUUAUCAACCUAGAAGAAGGAGAAAGAAGAAGCCUUUGGUGAAGGUUCUUCCUUCAGGGGACAGAAUCAAUGUGUUUUCAAUGAGAAUGAAGGAGUUUUUUGGUUCUAAAUCAUCCAAUUCUUCCUGUAAGUUUCGAUUUUUCAUGACUUGGAUUUCUUCCAUUGAAUCUUUUGGUGAAAGGGAACUGUUUGCUGUUGAGAGUCUGUUUAAGGCACACCCAAAUGGCUGUUUGGUCAUUAUGUCUACUUCAAUGGAUUCUCCAAGAGGAAUGCAAGCUUUAAACCCUUUCUUGGAGAAAGGAUUAAGGGUAACUGCAAUUUCACCUGAUUUUAUGUACUUGUUUAAAAAUACUAUUGCUCAAGCCUGGAUUGAUAACUUAAUGAAGGGUAAUAUUGACCCCGGGGAAGUUUCUUUAGGUCAGAAUCUCUCAAAUUUGUUAAGACUUGGUUUACUGUAUAAGUUUGGUGGGAUUUAUUUAGAUACUGAUGUUAUAGUGUUGAAGAGUUUUGGGAAGCUAAGGAAUGUUAUUGGGGCUCAAACUAUUGAUGUUGAAACAAGAAAUUGGAGUAGGUUAAAUAAUGCUGUAAUGAUUUUUGAUAAGAGGCAUCCUUUGUUGUACAAGUUUAUUGAAGAAUUUGCACUUACCUUUGAUGGGAAUAAAUGGGGUCAUAAUGGUCCUUAUUUGGUUUCAAGGGUUGUGUCAAGGGUAAGAGGAAGAGAUGGAUACAAUUUCACUGUUUUGCCCCCAAUGGCUUUUUAUCCAGUUGAUUGGAAUAGGAUUGGUAGUCUCUUUCUUGGGCCGAGGAACGAGACUCAAUCGAAAUGGUUGCUCUUGAAACUCCAGCAGAUUCAGAGUGGAAGUUUGGCUGUGCAUCUUUGGAACAAGCAAAGUAGAGAGCUUGAGGUUGAAGAAGGAAGCAUAAUUCAACAUAUAAUGUCAGAUUGUUGUGUUUUCUGCAAUUCUUACUCAUCAAAGUUGUAAGUAUACACCACGGAAAAUCAGCGUCAGCGUGUUUUAUUCUUCAUUAAUUGUUGUAGGAUUAUGAACCACCUAAGUUCAUUACAUAGGUUGUCUUGAAGAAACUUAGGUGGUACAGAAAUAAUGCAGGAUUCAUGUAUUCUACUUCAUUGUCUAUGUGAUUGAACAAAUUAUACAAAGAUAGAACAGCAGAAUUAUUGCUAAGUUCCCAUCAACUGAAAUGCUAUUGGCCCCACGAUUUAACUGGAUAAAUAUCUUGAUUUUUUUGCUUGGGUUUGGCAAAGACUUCAGUUUUCUUUAAUAUCAAAGUCACAACAGUAGUUGGGAGGGCGUCUAUCAGCUAAUGUAUUGAUUCAGGACCACUAUAUGUAAUGUGAUGCUGUUAGCUUUUCCAUGGAAUAAACAUUUGAGCUAUUACUGA